AUGGCUAGGAGCCGACUUCUCUGGCGUUCGUGCUCCAAUAUGCCAUUUUUGAACGGAACGAGCGUAUUGUGUGGAUUGUCGGGAGACGAAAAAGAACGUUUGGCGCAGCAACGCGAGCGUUCAGAUAAAAUUUCCCAACUUAUGGGGAAUUAUCUGCUCAAAGGGUGGCGAAUGCUGGAUGAGACUUGUCACAUUUGCGGUACAGUAACCUUUGAACCGCCCUCAGGUGGUCGGUAUUGCAUCGCGUGUUCCGAAGUGGAUGUGACACCUACAUCAAUUUCUGACCAGUUGACCACUCCUGCUGUCACUGGACCCGACACAUUUGGGACUGCGCACCUUGCUGUGCAGGCCGGCUCGGUUGAUUGCAAGCCUUCCGUGCGUUGCUACUCGCCAUCAGCCAAAAUGUUACUCGACGACAUGCAACGCAAGUUGUUUUGGUGUGUAACUCAAAUGACGGAUACAGACAGUCAAAAUGCUGUCGUACAAUGGACACACACUAUCAAGUGCGUAGUGGAGGCCAUGAAUGCGAUUGCCCGAUGCGAAUAUCUUUCUUCUUGAUCGUCCUCAUCGCUUGCGUAUAAAACAUGGUCACAUACUAUUCUGUUCACACUUUGACCCAUUCACACUGAAAAUACAGCGUUUUUCUUCUAA